GGGGCAGCAGGAGAAUUACAGGAGCCAGGCCCCCUGUGAGCCCGAGAGAGCGAUGGGAGCCAGAGCAGCAUCAAUCACAGAGAACAGCGUGUCGGGAAUAGACAAGCGCUUACAACUCAAGUGGCCAUCCCCUUGUUCUACCCAGGAAGGAAGGGAAUUUCAGAAGGGGGAGCAAGCAGCAAAGCAGAGAGGAGCAAAGCUAGCCUAGCACCUAGCGCCGCGCACCCCCACCCAACCCCGAGCCACUAACUUCCCUCCCACCUGAACCCAGGGAGGGCCCACCUGGGGACACUGGAGCAGGUGCACCAGCCCGAGCCAACCCAGCAAUCUCUCUGGGCCUUUGACCUCCACUGUUGACUUCCACCCAGAGCACACAAGCAUUUUUAGUUCCCAAGGAAUGUAAAGCAGCCACGAGAAGUUAGGACGGAGUUGCUACUUUAAAACAAACACAGGGCUUCCUACAUAAGGACCAGGCAGCCACUGGCCACCACCCCACCAGAAGCCUCAGGCCUGCCAGACACCAUGCCCUCCCUGGGGACCCUGUGCCGCCUGCUGCUCUUCAGCAUGCUUUGGAUGGACUUGGCCUUGGCGGGCUCCAGCUUCCUGAGCCCUGAACACCAGAAAGUCCAGCAGAGAAAGGAGUCCAAGAAGCCGCCAGCCAAAGUGCAGCCUCGAGCUCUCGAAGGUUCACUCCGCCCAGAAGAUACAAGUCAAGUGGAAGGGGCAGAGGAUGAGCUGGAGAUCCGGUUCAACACUCCCUUUGAUGUUGGAAUCAAGCUGUCUGGGGCUCAGUACCACCAGCAUGGCCAGGCGCUGGGGAAGUUUCUUCAAGACAUCCUCUGGGAAGAGGCCAACGAGGCCCUGGCAGAUGAGUGAUCAGCCACAAGACCAGCCCCGCCUGUGUGUCCUGCAACGUUGGCAGCACUCACCUGCUUGUACACUGCUUCUGCAACAGCUCCCAGCUCUGAGUGGUAGACUAGCUUCAGAGGUGAAUAAACAUUCAAAUC